AUGGAUUGCACCAACAUACUUAGCUGGCAUGUUCGGGGUAUGAAUAAAAGGGAUAAGCAGGGUGAUAUACUUAGUUUGUUGAACCUUAAUAAAGUAGGGGUUAGUGCUCUUAUUAAGAAUAAACUAAAGAACAAUAAAGUGGAUGAGAUGAUGGUAAAGGUGUUUCAUAGAUGGGAUUAUCAUCGGGGUGAUCAAUGUGAAAGAAGAAUUCUGGUUGCGUGGCUUAAGUCGUUUGUUCAAGUUAAAGUGUUGAAGGAUCAUAAGCAACUUGUUCACUGUCUUGUGAAGUUUAUUGGUUCUCAACUAGAAGUGUUUGUUACAUUUGUGUAUGGUUUCAACACCAUUGAUGAGAGAGUAGAUUUGUGGAAGGAGCUCUCUUUGAUUAACUGUCAGGGGGUUCCUUGGUUGAUAGCAGGAGAUUUCAAUGCAGUUUUUUGUUAUGGUGAUCGUACUGGCUAUAGAGCAGUUACUCCCAGUGAGUUAGUGGAUGCUACGGCUUGGAUUGCUCAGUCCAAAUUAGAAGCUCUCAAGAUCUCUGGCUCUAAAUUCACUUGGUCAAAUAAGCAAGAUGGGAAGGACAGGGUUUAUUCAAAGAUUGAUCAUGCCUUCAUUAACGAGGAUUGGAUAGAUUCUAUGCCUAAUUCUUUGGCUGUUUUUCAAUGGGAAACAUGUUCUGAUCAAUGUUAUUGUGUGAUUAAAACCCAGCAACAGGGGGUUUUGGGGAUCAAGCCAUUUAGGUUCUUUAAUCUUUGGACUUCUCACAGUAAGUUCCAGGAGGUGGUGUCUAUCAAUUGGAAUAAACCUAUGGCUGGUUCUAGGCUUCAUCGUAUUUUUAGGAAGCUGCUUAGGCUUAAACAUGUCCUUAAAAGAUUCAACAGGAUGGAAAUUGGAGAUGUGGAACAGAAGUAUCAUCAAGCUAAAGCUGAUUACCAGUGUGCUUUAACUAAUGCUCAGGAGGAUCCAACAGAUGAAUGUGCUCAAUUACAGGAGAGAAAUGCGGCUGCUAUGUUUCAACAACAGGCUGCCAUGUAUCAGAGUUUUCUAAUCCAGAGAAGUAAGAUAACUUGGUUGUCCAAAGGUGAUGAAAAUACUGCUUUUUUUCAUGCUUGCAUCAAGAAAAGGAGACAGGAGAACAUGAUUGUCUCGUUCAUUAAUGAAGAUGGAGAAACUGUGGAAGACUACGAGCAGGUAGUUAACCAUUUUGUCUCUCAUUUUAAACAUUAUAUGGGUAGCAAGAGUUCUAGAUCUAUAAAGAUUGAUGAAAGAUGUAUGGAGAUGGGUCCUCGACUUAGUAUGGAGCUUCAAUUGAACUUAAUAAAGAAGUUUUCUAAGGAGGAUGUCCGGAAAGCAAUCUUUAGUAUUGCUAGCACUAAAAGUCCGGGUGCAAAUGGGUAUAAUUUUGAGUUCUUCAAAGCCAUGUGGAAGUUAAUUGGGGAUGAGAUAGCGGAGGUUGUGCAUGAUUUUUUUUGA